AUGGGUCAUUUCCCUUUGUUUCAGGCACUUAUAGCAGCAGUAAAUGAAACGGAAGAAGAAGAUAUUCGCGAUGCUUUGAAGACUCAAACGGAACAGCAGCUAGCCCUCGUACCUCGAGGCCCUAAGCUCGUGAAAGACACUGUCGCAUUUAAUACAACUAUAACCACUGAUGACACGGAGGAGUUGCGAGCUCUACGGCCCGAUGGCACCAUAUUGACAGAGACGCGACACACAAAAGAGCAGGAGCGCAUCUGUGACGAAGAACUGGAUAAGGAGGAGGUGUGUUCCGUAAAAAGCAACGAAAGCUUUGUCAAGGAAACAGGAGGAAGAGAAAGAAGGAAGUGUGUGGAAACUGAAAGGUCAACGGAUCUGAUGGCGGGUGGACUUCGCGUUGCGACACAGCUGCAGUCCAGGACUAGGACUGAAGAGGCUGAAAGAGAAGGCCAGCCAAACAUGGAUGACGAUUGGGACAGUCUUUCAGUUAGAAUGCGACGUCAGCGCCGCCUUCGACUCAAUGAUCACGAAAAGGACUACGCGAAACAGCCAAUUAACUUUGAUGUCGAGGAGGAGACGCGCAAAAAGGAAACGUCUAAAUGGUUAGAGAGUCAUUUCGGCAGCGAUUCGCGGUCAUCCCACGAUUCUAUCGCUGAAGAAAUAGGACGGCGCCCCGAAACUGGAUAUUAUGUGAAGAAAGCGGAAGACGAAGGAUACUACGGGAAGACGUCUUCAGUGCCACCGCCUCCCAUAUACCCAGAUCGAGUGUUAAGGAAGACCAAGUCUUCGACGCCGUCAGACGAACGGCCUCAAGUAAAUAGGACUGGAGGAUAUUUCAAGGGAGUAGCGGAUUGGUCACAGCGACGAUCUACAAAACCGAGGAUGCCCGAGCCGAGAAGUUCAUCCCCAUCACCGCCAGCUGUUCGAUCGCCAUACGCCAGCAAUGAUAGACUUAAUGGUUCUUCACCUCGACACGUAUAUGGAAAGCGCGAUUCACCUCAAGGAAGGUCGUCCCCGAUCGGUCGCCGACACCCGCCCUCACGAGACGAUUCCGCCUACGUCUCCUCAUCUACUAUGCACAGCCCACCACGUGGUUCCCCAUUCCGGCCACUAGAAACCGAUAGGUCCUGCCGGGAACCAUCAGUUGAAGAUGACUAUCCACCACCAGUAAUUCCUGAAAGGAAAAGGCAUUCAAAACGGUCUGAGGAUCAUCGUUACGACAGUGGCUAUAGAAGUUCUUCAAGAAACGGACAUUCGGGUCGUUCCCGUGAUAGUAGAGACGACAGUGCAGUGGAACCACCACCAGACUACUCGCCGCCAAGAGAACGUCGUGGAAGUUCAGAUAGGGACAAAACACCGCCCCGACGAAGGGACAGAGAGGAGAGAAAGCUGAAUCAAAAGACACGCUUCGCUGAUAAUAAUAGAAGACCAUCGCCUGUUCGCAAAUCAGUUGGUUCUGCUAUCGGUAAUUCGAUUAGGAAGCUAGUGGGGAAGAUAAGAUCAGCAUCAGCGGAACGCAAGGCGAGAUGGCGUAACUCGCGGACGCCGUCACCGGAGCACGCGUCGCGGACAUAUAAACAAUAUGGUGGCGAGCUGGCGCCUCCUGCCGCCCCCCCGCAUCGCUAUUAUCUAGGAGAGGACCCUUUCGCGCCCAGCAUCUAUGGUCGAGAGCACAAGUACGACGGCAGUCCUAGACGAGCCGUAGUUGCAGAAACCCGCGACCAUCGUGACAGAGGGCAGUUCUCGAGUACGCUUGGUCGGUUCAGUCAUUCUACCAGUCGACUGAACCCGAACAGUGAAACAGAGGAGGAACGAGAACGAGAGUACCGCUCAGCGCAGACUCUGCCCAGAAAACUUCACGAGCGUAAAGAGAAGCCCAACGAAAAACCGAGUUCAAAUAAAUAUUGGAAUCGUUUAACAAACAAUAAAAGAUCGACAAGUGCCAUUAAUAUAUCAAAUAACGUCCCAGAAGGCAAAGCGUACCCACCUGCUCCAGCGAAGCCAGCACGGACCUACAAGAGUCUCAACAGAAGCAAGAGUUUUGCUAUGGGCGUCCCUGAACAAGAGACGCAUCCAAGAUACGUUACAGGCAUGAGCAGAAAUUAUUCCACAAUGUAUAAGUCGAAUCCCCAUUUGAGUCGGCUAGAUGAAACCCCCGAACAACUCAAAAGUCCUGGUAUUGUGUCUAUCAUAAACCGAAGCCAACGUGAUCUCGCUGAUGCUGUUUCACGUGAAACAGAACGCAGACGCGACGGCUUAUUUGGUGCUCGCUACGGAAAAACGGCACCGAUAAACAACGGGCACACGAAUGGAUAUAAUAAAUCAUUUGACGAGACAGACAAGAAAAAAAUAUUUUUAAAGGGACUUCGUGAUCGAGCGCCAGAAUUGUAUCAAACUUUACACGCGGAUGACGAGUCCGAUGGAAGCAGAUUGUCAUCAAGAUAUGGCACUCCUUCACCGCACUACAAAGACCGGACUUCAGAGGAGCGUAAAAUACCAAUAUACAAAACAGAUUCACUGAAUAGAGACAGCAGUCCUUUCGUGUCACGUUUGGAAACGAGGUUGAAAUCCCCGGUAAACAGAAGAGAAAGCAACAGUAGCGAUAAUUACUCGGAGACCUACAGAUACACUACAAGGUCAGGGGACCCAGACAGACCCAGCAUCACGGAUACAGUAGAAACAGUGAGUAAGAAAAUAGUGCCAUCUAGAGAUGGUCGUUCGAAAGAGAUAAUCGAAUCAAGGGAAGUCAAUUCUGUAACAAAGAGCAGGGGAUACAAAGAGCCCGCAACAAUAAAAUAUUACGAGAACGAUAGACCGCUGAAGAACGAACCUAGAAAUGGUGUGACUCCGUUGUAUACCGAGCGUAGAAGAAGUAAUUAUAAAGUUACAGAGAAAGUAAGAGAUUAUUAG